AUGGGUGCGUCAGAAUCACGGCUUCGGGUUGACGACUCGAACGAAGCACCAAAGCAAGGUUAUCACGUCGUUCGCGUUGCAGCCGGUUCACCUGCGCAUCUCGCUGGCAUCGAGCCAUUCUUCGACUUUUGCGUCGGCAUCGACGGUGUCGCGCUCGAUCCGACCAAGGACGUUGAUGGAGGAAGCGAUGCAACUGGCCUAGGUGCUUGGAAGAGCUUGGAAGAGCGGGAGGGCACACAGGUCAUCCUCAAUGUGUGGAACUCAAAACGACAGCAGCUGCGCCAAGUGAGCCUGGUGCCAUCGCGGCAGUGGUCCUCUCAACCCUCCAGCAGCACCAUCAACGGAACCAGCUCCCAAGCGACAUCACAGCCUUCCUUGCUCGGUCUCUCACUAAGGCUAUGCAACCCUUCGCAGGCACUUUCCCACGUAUGGCACAUCCUCGAGAUCCUCGAAGGGUCACCUGCCGAGUCGGCCGGUCUCGUGCCAUUCGGCGACUUUGUCAUUGGUUGGCCCGGUGGAGUCCUCUCGUCAGAGGGAGACUUCUACGAGCUGGUCGAAGCGCACACUGACCGUGCACUGCGGCUCUACGUCUACAACUCGGACUACGAUCACACCAGAGAAGUCAUCAUCGUACCCAACAGAGAAUGGGGCGGAGAAGGACUACUAGGCUGCGGUGUCGGAUAUGGUCUUCUGCAUCGCAUCCCAAAACCACAAGACCAGCCCAAGGCGCCACCAGGCCUUUCGGCUCAGGAGGAAGAGGACGAAAGUGUCUCAGAGGACCAGAUGAAGACGCCAAGGAUAGGCGGUCCCCCGUCUGCGUUCGCAACUCCAGCAGGCAACUCGAGAUUCGACGAAGACGAGUUCAGCACUCCUAUGGCCAGCUCUAUCAACUCGAAUACAAGACCAGCCCUCUCAGCAGGAAUGCAAGGUCGUCAGCUUUACAGCAACAGUCACGACGAAGACGAAGACGAGGACGACUACGAGGCGAACCAGUCCGGUGUCACGGUCAGCAUGCGUCAUGACGAGGAAGAUGACGAGGACGACGCGGGGAAUAUGGCAUAG